AGCAAACCUUCGUCGGGUGCAGACGUGUGUGGUGCCGUAUUUCUGUCCGCGCGUGUGUUCCGUUUGAUUUCGUGUGUGUGUUGUUGUGCCUCACCCACACAGGGGUUGGAUAUCUACUACCGUGGUGCGGUUUUGUCGGUGUGCGUGUGUUUGCAGCCAACAUUUUUGGGGCUGGAUUUGCCUUUUUCCGAGGGAUUGUUGCAUUUUUAUUCCUUUUUUGUGGAAUAAAACGUAUUUUUUUUUUUCCACAAGUGACAGCUCGCUCUCUCCGUGGGUGUGUGGAAUUUGGCCGCAAGAGUGCGCGGAAGGGCAGCGGAUCCCUGAUCCUGUUGGAAGGGAAUGAAUGAAAAGAAAAAGUUUGUCAGAUUUGUGUGCUUGCUGGCCUCUCUCUACAGUGUAAAAUCUGUGCAUGUGUGCGGUGUGUGAGCAAUUUUCGAUGCAGUUGUCAUCCGGAUUGCAGCAAAGUUCGACGGGUUGAAGCGUUUUGAUGGUUACAAAACAGUUAAAUCGUAGCUUUAACAAUGAAACGCGUUGAAAUUAGCGAAGAUUUACUGCAAAAUCUACAUCCAAAGUGACGUGAGAGAGAAAGGGGAAAACGAGAAAAAAAGGCAAAAAACAUUGCGUACAACGCCUGCUUUGUGUGCGCGUUUGUCUGUGGGUGACUCGUCGUCGUCGUCGAUGUGUGAGUGAAAUAUUUACCACAGACAACAAAACGUCGUCGUCGAUGUUGUUUUUGUUGUUGGCGCAAAUUUAUGGUGCAUUUUCGAAAGGAAAGGAAUGAAAUCGCGCUGGUUUCGAUGAAAAUGGAAUCAAAUUAAAAUUUUCCGUACAAAAGUGAAAGAGAUCGUGAUUGCGUGUUUUGAAAACAGUGUUGGUAAAAUUUUAAAGGAAGCAUUGUAGUGAUUUUUCAACUCAAAAGUAUACACACACAUAUCAAAAAUCAAAAUAGAGUAGAUUUUGGAUUAGAAGCGACCUCGAUACACAGCAACCCGUUCCCGUCCAGCAUCGUAAAGUAGAGGAAGCAACAACAACAUCAACAAGAGAGUUUCGGCCUGUUGGCAGUUUUACCUGGAGAUUUUGACAAACAGCAUCGUAAACAUCAGCGGAGUCAACGUGAAAUCGACUGAAAGGUGGAACACACAACAAACCUGAGGAGCAGCUGAAUCGGUCGCAAUGUGGCAGCAGCAGCAGCUUGAAGUUUAAUAAUCAGAACCUGCCCCGGCCCUGGUUUUGAUCGGUUCUGGCGGCUGUCUCUCGAGAUGGCCAAUUGGGGACGGCGGUGUCACGCAGUUGCUCCAAAUCGCGGAAUCUACCGGGUCGACACUAGUAGCGGCAGCAGAUAGUUAAGGAUUAGUUUGGGUGAUCGAUUGCUGAUCAACUGGUGGCGAAAACGGACGCUGCGUAGUGUGAGUGUGAGUGGUUGUUAGUGAGAGUAGUGUUUUGUGAGGAAGCAUUUAGGUGGUGAAGAUGAAUUCCGUGUUUUCCGCGUUCAAAUCUUCCGCCAAGCACGAUGGCAAGCAAAAGUCGUCGGGCGGGAAGAAGCUGUCCCAGGAUCCGCCCAAUAGUUACGAAAAGCUGCGGCACAUCCGCGAGAUCAGCUGCAGCAAGAUGAACAACCUGGUGGUGCUGGACCCGGUUGAGUCCGUGCCGUCCUGUGCCACCACGCCAGUCCAGAGUCCCUCGAGCGACAAGAGCCUCGAGCUGGAGCUGACCCUGGAUGCGGCCGCCAACGGCGUUGAUCAGGUUGACCGGGCCAUCCCGGUAAUUGAAUCCUCGGAACUACCUUCGGUUGCGAAAGUGCUGCCAACGCCGGCACCGGCCGCAACGAAACCCUCAAAGGCUGACACAUCGAGUGAUAGUUUAGGCGAUAGUAUAGUAGUGAACAAACCACCCUCGGGGGCCGCGGCCGUGGCCAGUGCCGUCUUCGCGGUACCUGCCGCACCUCCCGCUUCGACCAUUCCGACCAGCAGUAGCAACGGUAGUAGCAGUAGCAGCAAUCAGUGGAAUGUGGUCAGUGCCAGCAGUCGGUUCCACAAGCCGAGGCUCAGCCUGAGCAGCAGCGUGGGACUGACCGGCAGUGGCAGUGCGAUGCCUUCGGUGCACGGACGCACCGGCGGAAGUGGGGCGGCGGCGGCGGGUGGCCAACCCGGCGGUCAACCGCAGAAAACCAGACUGUCGACGCACCAAAGAAAUCUUAGCUUAGAUUUUAGAUCAAUGGGAAUCCUAUUACCUCCAGUGUCACAGGUGACCAACACUCGAAUCAACAUGACCCAGCACCAUCGCAACCGAAGUUUAGACAGUGCCCUGCAGCGGAUACCAGAGGUCGAAGUAUCGUCGCCAAGUGCCGAAUCGGAAAACACCCUGUGCACCAACUCGAUCCUCGGCGCGACCAUGUGCACCAAGAUCAUCCAGUCGUCGUCGACGAACCCGACCAACACGCCGACGGCGGUGCAGACGCGGGGUCACGGCGCGGACAGCGGCAGCAGUAGCGGAACCAGCAGCAAUCGGAGCAGUGGGGCCGGACUGGACGGGAGCGGGCCUGGAUCUGCGCUAGGUAAGUGAUGGCGAUGCCGGAAGGGAGGUUUGGACGACGGACAAGGCCGAGGGCGGGGAGGAGCGUUGAGUCGGAAGGAAAGUGACGCCAAAAAGCGGGAAGAUCUGACCAGCCUGGGUUCGGACGAUUCCGGUAUAAUUUGCGGUUCGGAACCCGACCACAACUCGCUGAACCGGAUCCGACGCUCGCGGGAAAGCCUCGACUCGGGCGAAAUUGACCCCUCCGAAGAGGAGUGCAUCGAGAUCCUCGAGACGACCUCGAUGGACGAGGAAUACCGCAUGCUGCAGGCGGACCUGUGCUUCUACCCGUUGACGCUGGCUCCGACGACGACGGCAGACUGCAAGGACAAGGCCAGCUCCUCGUCCGUGACUCCGCCAAUCGUUAGCGACAAGGUUCGCUAUCGCGAGCAUAACAUGAACAAGGCCGCCAUCAUGCUGGAGAAGAUUUGCGUGCCGAUCGAGUACGAGGAUGACCCCGAGGAGGAACCGCAGCCAACGGCGGCUGCUGUCGAAGAAGACGAAGGAGAGGAGGAGGACGCGACGACGCCCGUUGCGAGUAAUUCUGUGCCAAGUACGACGUCGGCGAGUGCGGCGACGACGAGCCAAAAGAGUGACCAGAAGAACGAGAUAAUUUUCCGGAACUUUUUCGGUGCCACCAAGAACGCCAUCUUCCGGACGGCGCAAAGCAUCAUCGAUAAUCACGAGAAGAAGAGCGCCAAGAACAAGGAGAAGGAAGAGGAGAAGGUCAAGUCUCCGACGGAGAUUUCCAAGAAGCGCGAGUUUGGCGUGCUGAGGUCGAGGAUGAAGAGUAAAGAGGCUGCGACGGUGCCAGCGGCCAGUGCGGCGAGUACGCCACCAGAAGUGGUGGUGCCGGUGGUGGUGCCAUCUCCGGAACCGGAACAUAAAAGUCUUUCAAAAUCAUCGUCCACGAGUUCGCUGAAGGUUCCGGGGGUGGCCGUGCCGGCUAGCGUAAGUCCCAAGGAGAUAAUCGAACCGCAGAUUAAGGCCGAGCGGGGUCAGAGUGGCCUGUUGAGGUUCUUCGAGUCGCCCGUUUUCAACAUCCAUUUCGCCGUCCAUUACCUGUUCUACUCGAAGGAGCCGGGUGUGUUGAGUUUCAUCGGGAACAAGAUUUUUAGUUUUCCCGACGCCGACGUGGAUCUGUACAUUCCGCAGAUGAUCAUCAUGUACAUGCAGAUUGAAGAACUGUCCGAGGUGCUGGAUCCGUACCUGGUGUACCGGUGUCGGAGGUCGGUAGACUUUUCGCUGAGGUGCGUUUGGCUGCUGGAGGCUUACAACUUCAACAAUGACAUGAGCAGUAGUGGGAACUCGAUCCGAAAACACUUGUCUCUGCUUAAGGAGCUCUACCCGAAGCGGGAACGACGUCAACACCUGAAAACGUUGGGAUCUGCUUUGGAUACGGUGAAAAAGACCCACCACCGGUCUCAAUCCGAUGCCACCGGCCUCAUGGGAUCGCUGACCGCCAAUCCGAUGCUGUACCCGACGCCGCCGCGGCCACUCUGCCUCGGAGAUCUGAGCAGUGGCCGUGCCUUCGACAACGGGUGCGUCUGCUUCGAGUCCGUCCGCGGAACCGUCAACGAUCUGCUCGGCCAGCAGACGGUCUGCUCGUGUGGCGCCCUAAACUGGUCCCCAGAGGAGUUCAUGAAGUCCCUCAUCGACAUCGGCCGGAUGUUGUCCGUGCUGCAGACCAAAAUGGAGAAGACGUCCCGGCUGCGGAUACUCCUCAAUCUGAUCAACAAGAAUCUUCCAGCGCGCGUUUGGCUUCCGCUGAACGCCGAAACGCCUCACCACGUGGUCCGGAUCACGGAAGAAAAGACUGCCGUCCUCAACUCGAAGGACAAAACCCCGUACAUCAUCUACGUCGAGGUGGUCGAAGUGAACGACAUCUACACCUCGCCCGUCAUUCCCCGCAUGAUGCCGACGCUGCGGCACACGAAAAGUGAGGAACAUCUGGACAGUGCCGCCGCCGCCGCCGCCCCCGUAACCCAGCAGCCCCAACCGUUGGCCUCGCCGGCCGCGACCAGUGGCUCCAGCUACAGCAUCGGCUACGACUACGGCUUCACCGAGGACGACGUGUGGUCCCAGGAGGACGACGAAAUCACCGCGCAGUACCUCAACCUGCACCGGAGUCUCGCGUCCGAGCGGGACGCCAUCUCGCAGUUCUCCGUCGACUCGUACGACUCGCGGGAACAAGGUGCCCCCGCCCUGUUCAACAUCGGCGACGUCCGAAACCGACACUGUGCCAACCUGAACGCGGAAAGCACCAAACCGUUCAGCUUCGAUCCGGAGGAUCCGUCGGCUGCCGUACUGAAGGAACCAUGGCACGAGAAGGAGAAGCAAAUCCGGGAAAGCUCCCCGUACGGACACUUGCAGAGCUGGCGGCUACUGUCGGCGAUCGUCAAGUGCGGCGACGAUCUGCGGCAGGAGCUGAUGGCGACGCAGCUGUUGGAGAUGUUCAAGCUGAUCUGGCAGGAGGAAGGGGUGGACCUGUCGGUGCAGCCGUACAAGAUCGUGUGCCUGUCGAACGACUCGGGCCUGAUCGAGCCCAUCCUGAACACGGUGUCGCUGCACCAGAUCAAGAAAAACUCCAACAAGAGCCUGCGCGACUACUUCGUGGACGAGUACGGCGGCGUCGACACGGACGAGUUCAAGCGGGCGCAGCGCAACUUUAUGCAGUCGUGCGCGGCGUACUGUCUGAUCUCGUACCUGCUGCAGGUCAAGGAUCGUCACAACGGAAACAUUCUGCUGCACGCUGAUGGCCAUCUGAUUCACAUCGACUUUGGAUUCAUCCUGAGCAUAUCUCCAAAGAAUUUAGGUUUCGAGCAGUCCCCGUUCAAGCUGACGCCGGAGUUUGUGGACGUGAUGGGCGGCCCCUCGUCGGAGCUGUGGCCCGAGUUCAAGCAUCUGCUGCUGGAGGGCCUCAAGGCGGCCCGCAAGCACAUGGACCGCAUCAUCAACAUCGUGGAGAUUAUGCGAAGCAGUUCCCAGCUGCCGUGCUUCCGGAACGGCUGCUCGGGCACGGUGCGCAACCUGCGCAACCGGUUCCACAUGAACCUGACCGAGCAGGAGCUCGAGCGGAAGGUCGAACAGCUGGUGCAGGACUCGCUGAACUCGUUCUCGACCAAGCUGUACGACAGCUACCAGUACUUUACCAACGGCAUCCUCUAGCGCAAUCACCCGCUGCGGGAGCGUUUCUUCAUGAAGAUUUAGGCGGCGCACGUGUAAGUAAAUUGGCCAUUUGAUUGGGGGAAGCAGACACACACACAAUUAUAAGGCAAAACAGUACAAACAAAGUUUCUAUUAGUGUUUCUUUAUGUCGUCUGUAAAAAAAAGUAAAAUUGGAAGGGGAAAAAUUCGUCAACGAAUAAAAGGUUUAAAAAAGGUACUUUUCGUUCGAUUAAUUUACUCUUUUUGGAGCGAAAGAGAACCGGAAAAAAUGUGCUUGAUGUGUAAAUGUUGUAAAAAAAUCACUCUUUUCUAGAUAAUAACGUAAAAUCACUAUCAAAACAAACAUAAAACUCAUGUAAAAAUACGCAACUUUUGAGCAUAAAGCGAUGGCUUUUCUGUGAAAAGCCACACUUUCUCAAUUUAAUAAAAAAAAACAUUUUUAAUCGAGUAGCAAGUAAGUUAAUCUCUUUUUUUGUAUAAGAGUUAGCAAAUAUUUGGGGGUAGACGGAAGGGAGAACCGUAAAAAACGGGAAACUAAAAAGAAUGAAAACAAUGCAAACAACAAUAGGUCGACGUAAUAGUUAAAUCACAUAAAAAAUACAUUUUUUUAAAAUUUCCUCGAUUAAUAGAAAAAAGUGCAUCCAUUGUAAGUAAUUCGCACGCUAAAGUCAAACUAAUCAAAUUGCAUCAACAAAUUCUAGGUUAGAGCCAACCAAUUUUCUUCUAAAUUAAAAAAAGGUUAAUAUUCGUUCGGCAAAAUUCCACAUGAACUGACAGAGAGUUUCAACGCAUUUCAGUUUAAAAGUUAAGUGAAUCAGCCAAACAAGGGUGGACCAGCUGAUCUUGUUGAGUUUACUCAUGUUAUUACCUGUUCCAUUUACUGCGCAAUUUAAUGUUUCGCUUUGGUGUAAAUAAAGAAAAAAAAAUCACGAGAUAUACGCUAUAAACAUUUAUAAAUAUUACACCAAACUCCAUCGUCAUAAAAAGUUCAUGUUUUUUGCGAGAAGAAGCUUCUGUAAGAAAAGUAAACUUAAUCCUGAGAAUCAAACAUGAUACUAUUCAAUUCUAGUAGCCUAUUGGAAAUAAAAUUAAAAAAAAAACAUUUAAUUUUACCUUAUUUUUCAACCUAUUAAAAAGCUGAAAAGUUUUAACCAACUAAAUCACCCACAUUUAUAGCAGCAAACAGUCUUACCCUACCUUAAACACUACCUUUAAUACCUUUGAAUAGAGAUCGACAACAUACUCGGAGAAAACAAGCAAAAACAAGAAAACUGGGAAAAGAAGAGAUCAAAUACUCGUACUGCGCGAAUGCUAAAAAGAGCGAAAUAAUCUAAACAAAAAAAAAAAUCAAAUUUAAUAAAAACUAACCGUUUUUGCUUUAUUUUACAAAACACAACCUAAAAUUCGAGUGCACACAGAAACCCGCUCGAGACCCGCAGUGACAACAGAGUCGGUAAAAUCGUAGAUAGCUUUUUCAUAUAUUAAAUUUAAAACAGCAACACACACAGCAACAAAAAAGUGCAACAAGGUUAGGAAGAGAGAAUGGUGGCAAAAAAGUGGAAGAAAACCCAGAUGCGAUUAAAUCAGAAAAAAAAACUAAAGUCCUAUAUUUAUUAACUGUAAACACUGAGCGAUAAAGUGCGCGAACGUUUGUGAAGAAGCGAACUGCAGUGAAAGAGAAGGGGAAAAAGAAAGGGAUAAACAACAACAACAAAAACUGAACAAGUCUUUUGCGCUAACUUUAAUAUUAUCGGUUAGUUUCAGUAAUUGAUAGCGUUUAAUAUAACAAGCAAA